UGUGGCUACGAUUACCAAUAUUGAAAUUACUUUUUUAUACGUUUUACACGAAAUAUUAUUUAGAGAUGUUAUGACAACUAUUCCCUCACGGCACAAGAAUAGCACUUGUACACCAUCUUCAUUUUCAGGUUUUGCUUCUUGCAGAAUUGUCAUUGACUGCACUGAUAUUGAGGUUGCAACCCCAAGGCUAAUGAGCCAGCAAAGUGCAACUUAUUBCAGUUAUAGGGKGAUGAAUUCGUUUAAGGUUUUAGUUGGUGUUGCACCUAAUGCAGUCAUUACUUAUGUUAGUCCUCUUUUUCCCGGGUCAAUAUCAGACAAAGAAAUUGUUGACAGCUCASGGUUUUUAAAGCACUUAGAGGCAGGGGACUUGAUUUUAGCAGACAAGGGAUUCCUUAUUGAAAAUAUUGUCCCAGUUGGCGUCUCUGUAAAUAUUCCCCCUUUUUUAAAUAAUGGAAGAUUCACUGAAAGUGAAGCUAAGGCAACCAAGUCAAUUGCUAAGUGCCGUAUUCAUGUUGAAAGAGCCAAUGCUAGGCUGAAAGAUUUUAAAAUUUUGAGUUUUGUACCUUCUUAUCUUAGAUGUCAUGCAGAUAUUCUUUUUCAGUUGGUUGCUGCAUURGUAAACCUUCAAUUCCCUCUUAUAAAAGAGGUCUGUGAAGGGACAAAUUUUGACUAG